UCUGAUCAAAAGAGGAAGUGAAAAAUUCCCCUGAGAUGAACAAUUGCACUUUAGUACUCAGGUUUCACUUCUGAGCGUGGAUCUGAAAAGGAAGAAAGAAACUCUCGGGAAAGAUUUGGAAGACGGGAGAAGCUCCAAGACUUCAGGUGUGCAAAUAAUGUGGAAAAAUUUUUUAGAAUGGCAAUUAAAGAAGAACAUGAGAUGUGAUUCAAAGUAGUUGUAAAUGCCUAACUUAAAAAGAAAAGUUGAAGGAAAACAAGCCACAAAAAAGGGAGCAGCAUGGGCAACUGCUGUCAGAAACACUGUGCUUGUCUGGAACCCUACGUGUCGUGGCUCUUCCAUGUCUGCAACUGCAGAUCAAGUGAUAAAUAUAAGACUGAGUCAGUCAUCUGCAACCCAAUAGUAAUCUCCCCUCCAGGACCACUCGGCCCACCUGAAAGGAACGGAGGGGACAAUGACAGAGAUUUGCCUCCUGUUCCUCCGCCAGAACAGAACUGUAAUUUUGUGGCCCUGUUUGAUUACCAAGCCCGUACAGAGGACGAUUUGAGCUUCCAGGCUGGAGACAAGCUUGAAGUUCUGGAUAUGUCCCAUGAAGGAUGGUGGUUUGCAAAGUUGCUUUUGGAGAAUGGGUUUGCCAGGCCUGGACAGAAACUGCAAGGCUACAUUCCUUCCAACUAUGUUGCAGCAGAACGAAGUAUUGAAGCUGAACCGUGGUUUUUCGGUGCUAUGACACGAGCAGAUGCGGAGAAUCAACUGUUGUACACUGGGACCCAGGCAGGAGGAUUUCUAAUCAGGGACAGUGAAAGUCAAAAAGGCGAAUUCUCACUUUCAGUUUUUGAUGGCAUGAGUGUGAGGCACUACCGAAUCAAACACCUGGAUGAUGCAGGUUUUUUCGUGACCAGAAGAAAAACAUUUCAAACGUUGACUGCUUUAGUCAGAUACUACAGUAAGAACAGCGAUGGACUGUGUAUACGACUUGGGAAGCCGUGUGUGAAGACAGAAGCCCCGGCUCCUUAUGACUUGUCAUACCAAACUGCAGAUCAGUGGGAGAUAGACCGUAGUUCUCUGCAGCUCUUGAAAAGAUUGGGUUCUGGCCAGUUUGGUGAGGUUUGGGAAGGCUUAUGGAAUAAUACCACACCAGUGGCAAUCAAAACAUUAAAACCAGGCUCAAUGGAUCCAAAAGACUUCCUGAGGGAAGCACAUAUAAUGAAGAACCUGAGACACCCAAAGCUUAUACAGCUUUAUGCUGUUUGCACUUUAGAGGAUCCAAUUUAUAUUAUUACAGAACUGAUGAGACAUGGAAGUCUCCUAGAAUACCUCCAAAAGGAUGGAGGUUCCAGUAUCCACUUGCCUCAGCAGGUGGACAUGGCAGCUCAGGUUGCCUCAGGAAUGGCUUAUCUGGAAUCUCAGAAUUACAUCCAUCGUGAUUUGGCAGCCAGAAAUGUCCUUGUUGGUGAACAUAAUGUUUACAAAGUAGCAGAUUUUGGACUUGCUCGGGUUUUUAAGCUGGAAAAUGAAAAUGUAUAUGAAGCCAAACAUGAAACAAAGCUACCUGUGAAAUGGACAGCUCCUGAAGCAAUUCACUCCAGUAAAUUCAGCAUUAAAUCUGAUGUGUGGUCAUUUGGAAUACUUCUCUUUGAAAUAAUAACAUAUGGAAAGAUGCCUUAUUCAGGUAUGAUGGGCCCUCAAGUAAUCCAGAAACUGGAUCAAGGGUACAGAAUCCCUCAGCCAGAGAACUGUCCUCAAGAGCUGUAUAACAUCAUGCUGCAAUGCUGGAAUGUUGAACCCCAAGAACGACCAACUUUUGAAACAUUGCACUGGAAACUGGAAGAUUAUUAUGCAGAUUCUACGGCCUAUAUAGAUUCAAACGAUUUUGUCAGAUGAACUGCAAAACAUCCCUACUUAUGUCACCCAAAUAACGAUCCCCCUUUAGAGAAUGUUUCCAUUUAUCAUUUGAUUUCCUUCUGCAGAACAUGUAUUUCCAACAUCCUCUGCCAGAAAAUAACUCUUAGUGAUAUAUAUCUCUAGCAUCUGAUUCAUGCAGCAGAUGAAACAGACUCUUAUUUUGAAAGAGUCUUUCAUGACAUGAAAUUUGGUAGGGUGCUACAAGUUAUAUCAGAUGGAAGCCCCAUUCAAAGACUCUGAUGAAUCAUGAACUCCAAGCUGUUAUUUGGUAUCCCAUGCCCACUGUGCAGUGAAGAUAAAAGUUAAAAAAGACAUUAUGAGAAUAUAUCAAUUAUACUGGUGUACAUAAUACGCUCAGGGCAACCCACUGAUCAUGAUACCAUAUGCCAAUGGCACAUCCAUGGCAGACAGAUAUGGAAGCACCAGCCAUUCACCAGGUAAGGAGCAGGCAAUAACAAUAAUGAAAGGACCCACAAGUGCACAAUCGUAACAUGUAUUCCACUCGUUUCCCCAGUAGUUCAUUCUGGAAAGGCACUGGUAUGGCAAACAGUCCAUGGGUUUGAGUGCCAUUCAUGAAGACAAAGAAGCAUAGUGGAAAUGCAGAGCUUUUACAAAUCCUAGUUCCUUGGCUUGAGCCAUGCUUAUUCCUGCUCUGUGUGCCAGUCAUUUUGGAUGGCAUGUUCCCCUACACCGUCCCAUAAAUGCAGUUGAAUGCUAACUGCUGAAAACCCCACAGGACAGUAGCUAGAUGCACUCUAGUCACUGUAGCUGUUGGUCAUGUUGCUGGCUCACCUCAUGAUUGGCUUUGCAUUAUGAACUGAGUCUAUCCUGGCUUCUGCCCUUUGUUAGAAGGCUUCUGGCAAAGAGUCUAAAAAGAGAUGUCUAGAUUGCAAUGAAUAAUGUUCCACAAUAGCAAUGAAUAACAAUAGCAAUGAAUAACAUCAUCUAGUUUUUCCAUGUGGUGGGGUGCACCUUGUGGGACACAUGGCCCAGCUCUGGCAUCAACACUUAUCUAUCCCUCGUGGGAAGUGCAAUGAAAUUUUGUCUGCAGUGUCAGCUGGAACAGCUCCAUAGGUUUCUGAUCCUGCAAGAAAACAGGCACUAUUAAUGUGAUUAUUCGCUGCAUUAUAUUGGGUGAUAUAACUGGAGAAUACCCAGGUUUGUGAUUGUGCUUCCUGUGUCCCCACAUGCAGUAGGGGUUAUGGCAGCAUUGUGGUGACAGUGGGGUGCAAUGCUGCUGGCAUAUCUGAAACAAGAGCUUUUCCUUUAUAUACUACAUACUACUAGCAGCUAUUGAAGUAGGGAGAGAGGGUUGAUGGAGCAACAAAUAGAAUGGUGGGGGUCAUAGUUGCAGAAGUCACAGUUUGGGGCAUCUCUCCCCCUCACUUGCCUGGGUGGGGUGCCUUCUCCUGCAGCCACAGUUGCAAGAAUAGAACUUUUUCUUUGGGUCUUUGGGUCCUGAGGUGACCUGAGAGAUGUCUGAGCAAAGUAGUGUUAGUCAGAUGCAAUAACAAGAUUGUUUCUAUCUCUUGGGUGUCUCUUGUUCUUGAAGGUGUCACUGGGAGGCCAUUGCUUUUCCCUUCUGUUUGUAGUGUGCAAGGAUAUGCCAGGAUUAUAGCUAACAUAAUAUUGAUGCCAGAGACUGGGGAGACUUAUUGUGCCAACUGUACCCUGCCCAGAUAUUUUGGUGAUGGGGGAGGGGGAAAUAAGUGUACAGGAAAUAAAUAAACAAACCCCAGUCUGUCCCCUGACAUGCUCCUGUCACCACCCAUUUCUACACUAGGGCUACAUUUAUACCAGCUGAAUACCAGUGAAGCUUGGCACUGCUGUAUCAUCAGAGUCACUUUGAUAUUCUUUGAGGUAUCUUGGAAUUAUGUAUCCUAAACCAUUCUGAGGGCAUUGAAUUAGCAAUGAAUCUUAAGAAAUUAAUAUUUAUUAACACUUGUGAUGAUGCAACAAGAUUGUGAUGGCAGUAGCUUCAGAAAAUGGACUGGAUUUUUAAAAAUCUCUAUACUGUUCAAUGACAAUAAGUAGAAGAAUUUAUUAUUUAAACCACAGAUAGCAAAAAAAUGCAAAUGAUUACGUGAUAGCCUGUUACACAACAGGUUUUGCAAGAUUGUGUUUCUGUAUAAAACUGAUAGCUUGUUACUCUUCAUAAUCUGCUGCUUAUCAGCUAAAUCCCAUGAGUCGGUUAUUAUGAAGGAACUUGAUUGCUGUUAUGCGCAGCAGGAUCUGUGCAUCAGUGUAUUUUCUUUUUUCUCUUUCCUUUUCUCUGAAUAUCCUAGGACUACAAUUUUGGCUAGGCUACGUAAAUUUGCUCCAGAGAAAAAUAAAGAUACAUAUGGAGAAAACAUCAAUAUUCGGUAGAAAUAAAAUGAUUUUUAAAAGAAAUGUCUGCAAUUAUCUGUUUUAGCAUCAGAUGAUAAAUCUCAGUUGAAAACUUUUAACUGGAAUUUGUAAUCCAUGUAUUAAAAAUUGUAAAGAUGAAUGUCCCAGACCUUGCUUUUAUGUACGUGACCUAAGAACAUGCCUAAAUCCUACACGGAUUAGA